AUGGCUGCUUCGGUUCCCGAUUUUCCACGACUACCGCCCCGCUAUGCAUACGAUGCAGCGAGGAUCGAACGGCUCUCGGCUCCGUUGAGGACCAGACGGGCAGCAAACGCCUUCGCAGCCGAGCAGCACGACUCGGCCGAGUACGGAUCAAGUCGAGCAGAUGAAGGACCCCAGGAUGGGAACCUCUUGAAAGUAGCGGUAGCUAUCGUGCUCUCGCUUCAUGCUGGCGACGAGGGCUUCGUCUUUGCUGUGCAAGCUGGUGCUGCUGCCAGUCCAGGCGACUCGGGGACGUUCAUGACAGCCUCGGUAAUCCGCGGCAAUGUGGAUCGAAGGAAUGGCAACAUUGGCGAUCUAUUGCGACAGACACAACACUCGAAUAUUAAUGAGAACUCCGGUCCCUCGAAUGGUCCCCGCGUAAUGCUCAAGGAAGGCGAUGCGCAAGGGUCACGUGGUGCGCCAUAUCCGCUAAUGCUGAGCAUGAACACGGCCUCGCCAGACGUCGAGCUCGAGAUCGCCUACGAUACUUUGCUGGUCCCCGAGUUGGAAGCAAGAUGGAUCCUCGAGCAUAUUCUCGACCUUCACGACCAACUGCUCAAACUUGACGAUGCGACCCUGGAGGUCACGCCCCUAUCGAGUCUGAGAAUGCUGUCUCCGUCGGAUCGACAAGUGCUCGUCCAAUAUGCAACUUCAGCACCCACCCUCUCGUACGAACACUACCCCGAAUCAAUCACGACCCUUCAUGGAUUCUUCUUGCACACCGCCGAUGCUCACCCCGAUGCGCCAGCGCUGCAAUUCGACGACCUCGUCCUCUCCUACUCGCAACUACUUCACCUCGCCGCAUACCUCGCCGUCAAAGCGAUCAUCCCCAACCUCGGGUCCAAGUCCAACCCCGUGAUUCCGAUCUGCUUGGACAAGUCACCCGAAAUGAUCAUCUCGAUGCUCGCGGUCUUGCUCUCGGGAGCCGCCUACCUCAACCUCGAACCGGCUUGGCCGGACCAACGCAAGCAGACCAUCCUGAACGAGCUGAAAGAUGUCGGAGCGUUGGCAGACGUCUUCCUUGUCAAGGGCAACGACUAUGGAAAUUCCAGAUGGUCCGGUUGGGAUCAGGCGAAGGAGAAGACUGUCGUCGAUCCUGCGGAAAUCGUUCAAGAGCUUCUCGAAAAUCUUGGAAAGUUGAAGGACAAUUAUCCGUUCGAAGAGACGAGUUGGCCCCCGGUCAAGGCAGAGGAUUUGGCCUACGUCAUUUACACGAGUGGCACGACUGGUGUGCCAAAGGGAAUAGCCGUCGAGCAUCGCAACGUCUCGGCUUUUCUGAGGUGAGCCGAGCAAGCCCCUGUCAUGACGGACCUUCCAACAGCGAGUGGAGACUGACUCGGUUCCCUCGCGAUACGCAGAAACUAUCGAGGAGUCUUCGGUCGUGCAAAAGGCGAGCGAGUGCUGCAAUUCCCGAGCUAUUCGUUCGACGUCUCGGUCAUGAACAUCUGGGACACGUUUGCCGUAAGUAGUCACUGUCGCGAAACCACCUCAGCUGAGGCCAGGUCACCUUGGCUGAUUGUGCAUCAAAUUCGAUCCCCAAACAGCACGGCUCGACACUGUGCAUGACCACCCCAUCCACACUCAUGUCCGAUCUGGCCGGUACAAUCCUACGACUGAACUGCACGCUCGUCGAUCUGACGCCGACGAUCUCCUCGCUUCUCUUCGAGCACCUCGAGUCCCAACCGCUGGACGGCGAAUCCGUGCUUGAGGCUUGGCAAAGGGCUGGGUUCAAAAUCAAGCAACUCAACACGGGCGGAGAGAAGGUCGAAGCUUGGAUCAGGGAUGCUUGGAUGGAUCGAGGUGUGAGGGUCGUGAUUGAUUACGGACCAACGUGAGUCGCUCGCGCCGGAGCUGUUCGGCCCAAUCUAGCGACUGACCAUUUUUUCACUCUCCAGUGAGACGACGGUGGGGGUCAUCGCCAACCAAUCUAAAGAACGAUCGCCACCUUCAGUCCCUAUCGGAAGGCCCGUCGGUGCCACGAGGAUCCAUGUGCUCUCACCGGACACACUCGAAACGCUCCCACUUGGCUGCAUCGGCGAGAUCUGCGUUGGAGGAGCUCAGCUCACGCGCGGAUAUAUCCGCUCAAAGCUCAACGAAGGAGUUUUUGUCGAUGUGGACGGGCUGGGGAGGAUAUACCGAACCGGGGAUCUGGGCCGAUUUUUGGGUGACGGUAAGGGGAGCAUCGAAUGUCUUGGCCGAAAGGAUGGUCAAGUCAAGGUCAACGGGUUGCGCAUCGAGACGGGCGAGAUCGAGCAACACCUCACGUCUAAAGUACACCGUGGGAUUCGGAGAGGGGUCGUAGACAAACUCGAGACUGAUGAUGUUGCCCCUUCGCUGGUCGCAUUCUUGGAUUUGUCAACCGACGAGUUUCCGACGGACGCGGAUCGAUCGAAUGAGGCGCAGCUGGCUGUUCUCCCGUGCUCAACUUCGAGCGAAUUUGCCAGGGUCGUUGAGGAAGCAAAGAGAUAUCUCGGAGGAGUCGUUCCGUCGUACAUGGUGCCAAGGUAUUGGCUACCUGUAAACCGAGUCCCCACGCAAGGAAUGGGCAAGACCGAUCGUAAGUCGCUUCGUCUCUUGGCGGAACGACACGAUUGGAGGACGGCGCGCAAAGCGAUAAAUAGCGAGGGCUCGCGUAAGAGGACGGAGGACGAAUGGCACCGAACGAUGCGCCACACUUGGACAAAGGUGCUCCAAAUGGACGAAGCCGACAUCGGAGAUGAGGACGCGUUCACAAAACUAGGCGGUGACUCGAUCGGAUUCCUCAGAGUGAUCGGCAAGCUGCGACAACAGGGGUUCACCAUCUCGUUCCGCGAGUUGGUGGACUGCGCCACUCUGACGCAAUGCGCAAACGCACUCGAACGUGCUUCGACAUUGAGCUCUGACGCUAGGACUGCUCCGCGGCAGUAUACCGAGUUUUCACUCUUACCUGCGUCGGUGAAACGAGAGACUGUCCUUGACGAGAUCAGGGCCGAGUUGGGAAUCUUGCAUGUAGACGUCGAAGAUGUGCUUCCGACGGCGCCAUCCCAAGAUGCGCUCCUCGCAGCCUCGAUCGACUCGACGCACUACUACGCCCAAGCAAUUUAUCCACUCGCUGACGACAUCGAGAUCGACACCAUUUCCUUGGCACUGUGCAAUCUGGUUCGUAGGAAUGUGGUGCUCAGGACAUGUUUCGGCGUACUCGAGACGACGGGGACGACGAUGCAAAUCGUUCUCGCGGCAGAAAGCAAGCAGGUCCGCCAGUGCGUCAAAGUGCGGACGAUCGAAGCCGACGACAGCGAGAUGGAUGCUCAAAUAGAUGUGAGUGAUUUUCUUGACGUUGGUCUGAAACCACUACGGCCUGCUAAAGACGGAGUUUCCGCUGUACAGGAGUGGCUUGCCACCGAUCGGGCUGCGCACGUCUUUGAAUGGGGCCGGUUACUGCUCAGCUUUGCGGUCUUUACAAGUCCGAGCUCGGGGAAGAAGAAGCUCGCUUGGAGUAUGCACCAUGCCAUGAGGUAAGCCAUGGUCACCUAUCAAGAUGUACUUUCAUUAUCGCUCAGCCUUUUUCCCUCUCCGUUCCCCCAGCGACGGCUGGACCCUCGAGCUCCUAUCAACCGACCUGCGGUGCCUCGUCCACUCGCUCGAACUCGAAUCUCGCCCGUCAUUCUCUUCCAUCGUCAAUUGGUGGUCCUCGACCCCUGCAGACCUUACCUCGAUCGAAAGUUUCUGGAAGACCUACAUGGCCGGCGCCCAACCUCUCAACUGGCCUUCACAAGCCGCUUUGAAAGGCGAACAACUCUCUACGAGCUCGGCCGAGGUAUUACAUUGGUCCGGCGAUCUGAAAGAUUUGGCGAAACGAACGGGAAUCACACCCGCUAUCGCGUCGAGGGUCGCUAUAGCUUUGACGUUGGGAAGGUUCGCAGCAAGCGACGAGGUCGUCCUUGGAAUUGUGAGGUCGGGUAGGGACAUUGAGGUUCUUCAGGCCGAGGUCAUCGGACCUUGCGUCUCCGUUUUACCUUCAAGGACCAAACUGGAUCCUCGGAUGUCGUUAUUACAUCUCGCGGAGAGGGAGACUCAAGAUGAUCGAAAAGCGAGGGCGAAUCAACAGAUUCGAUUGUCGGACUUGACCAAGGUCUGUGAACUAUCCGCCCGUAAGGACCUUUUCGAUAUCCUCGUUACGUACCAAUCCUUGGCCGAACGUGAUGAUGACGAACCGGAACAUAUCAAGAAAUUGAGUUGGCCGAUUCGACAACCGCCGGAGAAGAUUCGUAUGCCGACGGCCUAUACGCUCUCGAUGGAAGUUACGCCUCAAUUAGGCGAGGCCCAGUCGUUCGAAUUGGCGUGCUUUUACGAUCCGAGGCUCAUCGAGUCUGAGACAGUGAAAGGGGUCUUGAAGGCUGUCGCGAGGAUUUUGGAUUACUUUGUCGCGGCGCCGUGCACCAAGAUUGGGGACGUCAAGUUGGACGGUGGGGAGGUGCUUACCAGCAAGCAGACGAGAGAGGUUGAGGAGGUACGGGGAGAGGAAGAGGAAGAAGAAGAAGAGGUCUUGGGCGAUCUGUCAGAGACCAAGCAGAGGAUAACUAAAGCUUGGUCGACGGUACUGAAUAUGAAUCUUGACGAGAUUGGGGACUCGGAUUCGUUCGGGUCGCUGGGAGGUGAUUCGGUGCGUGCGUCCUUGAAAGGAGUCGUGGGCUCGAACAAGUUCCGUCAUUCCACUUGCUGAUGUACGGUGUCAUGCUUUCUGCAGAUCGCGAUGAUGCGCCUCUCGGUCAGGCUGACCAAAGAAGAUGUAGCGAUCCCUGUUCAGGCGUUGACCAAGUUGGCAACGGUCAAGGCGCAAGCGAGGUGGUUUGUUAGGAACAAGCAGGAGAAGAAACAGGGGCGAGCGAUGUGA